AUGGUGACAAGCACAUUUGGAAACGGAGAUCCACCAGAGAACGGAUGGGCUUUCGCCGACGCUCUUUACGAGAUGCGGCACCCGAACGGCGUGUCUGAACCCGAGAUACAGAAAACGUCUUAUAUUCGAAUGAGUGUGUCAAGUGAAACCGAUAUUACCAUUAAGGAAGAUAUAAAAGAGGAACAAACAUUACAGAUGGAAUCGGGCCCCUUAGGAAAUGUCAGGUACUCUGUUUUCGGGCUUGGGUCACGUGCGUAUCCCAACUUUUGCGCCUUUGGUCAUUUUCUCGACAAAGUGUGCAGCGAAUUGGGAGCCGAAAGAAUUUCACCAAUGGUCGAAGGGGACGAACUAUGUGCUCAAGAAGAAUCAUUCAAGGAAUGGGCGAAUGCCGUCUUCAAGGCGGCGUGUGAUACAUUCUGCUUGCAAGAUGAUGUCAAUAUCCAAGAAGCAACAGGAGCCCUACACGGCAACGAUCAGUCUUGGUCACUGGGAAAAUUCCGAUUAACACCGCAAGAUGGCGUCAAAGAAAUGGAGAUUUCUGCUGCUCUCUCUGGCUUGCACGGCAAGAAUAUAAUGAACGCAACUGUUAUAGAAAGGCACAAUCUCCAAUCACCAAUAUCGGAACGACAGACAAUUCUUCUCAAGUUAGACACAAGGGGAUCCUCAGGUUUUACUUACGCUCCCGGAGACCAUGUCGGUAUUUAUCCCGUGAACCGACCCGAUCAAGUUGAAACAGUUUUAUCACGGUUGCACAAUGCGCCACCAGCCGACCAGGUUGUUAAGCUUGAAGUUCUUCAAGAACGAUCACCACCACUUGGCCCUGCAAAGUCCUGGACAGGUUUUGAACGUUUCCCAAUUUGUACAUUGCGAACGGCCUUCAACCGUUACCUGGACAUUUCUAUCACUCCAACUAAGGAUCGAAAGCUCAUGAAAGAGUUAUCUUUCUAUCUCAAUCUGUCCAUAUCUAUCUAUCUAUCUAUCUAUCUAUCUAUCUAUCUAUCUAUCUAUCUAUCUCAGUCAGAUCAUCUAUCUAUCUAUCUAUCUAUCUAUCUGACCCAGUCAUAA